AUGGCACUAAGAACAAAACUCUCCGCUAAAGUAGUUUUACUGUUGCUAUAUCAAAUUAUACUCCUUGGAGCCGCCGCAUCACAGCAGUGUACUGGUGAAAAUUCUAUCAAGGGUAAGAUGCUUAAAGGAUUCACCAUUCAGAAGAUGAAAGUAUCAAAUCCAUCGGAGUGUUAUGAAGCCUGCAACAACCAAAUCAGAUGUCAAAGCUUCAAUUACGUGAUUUCUCAGGACAUGUGUGAACUCAACAACUGUACCAAAGAAAUAACACCGAAAGAUUUGGAACGUGACCCACAAAGAUAUUUUUUUCAAGUUAAGCGACAACCAAAAGGUCAGAAUGAUGAAGACAUAUCAUUUAAA